UGGCUCAGUGGGGGACAGAGGUCCGGGUGGCAGUAUGGCUUCAUGUGCCUCUUUCAGCCCCUUUCAGCCGUUGUGCCGCAGCUGCCUCUGCUCAUGGCUUCACCUUCCACCACGCCAAACAGGACCGCUCAAUUCUGUCUCUGUGGCUGGGGGAUGGGCAGAGCAGGCUGCCCGGGUUUGCUACUCAUCACAUCGGAGUGGCAGGUAGUAUAGUCCUUGUGUAACCUGACCUAUAUCACAGGUUUAUACUGCUCAGGAUCAGGUCUGCUUCAGGUAUCGUACAGCCUUUGCACACACGCUUGUGCAGAAAUAUUCAUGGGGCAAAUAUCAGUUAUUUCAAAUGUAGUUUGUGUUUGACAUGCAAACACAUAGACUUGGGCUGUGUGGGAGUGGAAAAUAAUGUUCAGGGAAGGGAACAGCACAUUGGAUGGCAGUUUUUUAUUUUUUUAUAAACACCAACACAAUCAUCCACCAGGUGGCAUGCUGUUUCCUUUAUACCUCCCCCAAAGUGGAUGCAAGCAUGUCAGAACAUGUCUGUGGAAAGAGGAUGGCCAAAACCUGGUCCACAUGGUCUGAUGGCAUGUUGCCAACAGUAACUUGCGGGACCCCACCAUCAUGACUACAGUAAAUGCAUGGAAGUUCGCUGGAGGGCUCUCGGAUCCAGGAGAAAACAUUGCCUUCACUGCAGUCCGGAGCUUUGAGGAGACGGGAGUCCGCUCAGAGUUCAAAUCCCUCCUGAGCAUCCGGCAGCAGCACAACCUCCCAGGUGCUUUUGGUAUGUCCGACAUGUACAUCAUCAGCCCCCUCACAUACGACAUCAACUUCUGCACCCAGGAGUGCCUGCGCUGUGAGUGGCUGGAGCUAACCAAGACUAGCUCCACUACUCCUAUCACUAGCCGCCUAGCCAGGCUUCUGCUUCACGGCCUGAACCAGGGCUUCGACAAGAUUGACCAGGCUAUGGAGGAGCUGCCAGCUGUCUACUCAGGGAGGUUCUACCAGCCGUUCCACAGGUUGCUGCCUCCAGGACCUGUCUAGCCUAGUGCAUCGAUGCUAAUAGC